CUCGAUUACCAAUUUGGCUUGGAGCCUACCGAUAAUUUCUUGGCGGCUCCUUGCUUUGAGGAUGGACAGAGCUGGAUUCCUGAUGGAUCUGGUAUGCAAAUGUUGGAACCAGGGCUAUUUGCGACGCUUGAGGUUAAUGCCACCUCGUCGAUGACAUUUGAAUCCACAAUGGACAGCAGCAUAUCUACAGACAAGCCUAUGGAGGAAUUCCUCAACCUUCUUCGACCACAUACCUUAACUACAUCACCUCUUUUCCACUCAAGCCCGAGCCAAAAACAUGUCUCAUCCUUCAGACAAUCAGAUUUUGGUCAGCAAGAAUCGGAAGAUUCUAGACAGCUCCGGGUCAAUUAUCCUUCAUCUAUUGACAGCCCAUCGAUAUCCCCAAGCUCAACGAACCUCUUCACCCCAGGGAAAACUCCUUCCCCGGGGAGCAUGGAGACGAAUAAUGUCAGAGAACCUCAGCUCCCUUGUCAAAAAGGAUGCUCCAGGUCCUUUAAGAGCUCAAAAGACCUCCUACGACACUACAAGAGUCGAGCCCACAUUCCGCCUUCCACCAAGGUGUUCAGGUGUCGAUGUGGAUACACCAAUGCUCGAAAGGACCAUUAUCGAAGGCAUCUCCGUCAACAUUCAUGCACGUUCCGCCACCCCCACUACCACUGCGUCUGCUCUCAAGCUGUCCUCGAUGACAAUGCUCUACAGCACCUCGAACACCUUCGUGUUUGUAAGGACGGACAAGGACGGUCUGGGCGGCCGCGGAAGAGCGAAAAACCAGUGUCAUUAGGUGAAACACCACCAGAAUAGUAACACCAUGGAAAUCACUCGACAUCUAUAGUGGCUGAGCCUCCCACUUGAAGGAACAGGAAAUCUUCUCAAAAUUAUCCCGCUUGUCAACCCUAAUACUUUUAUGCUCUCAGCUUCACUCGAUAUCAAGGCGCAGGGCGCGUUCGAUAGUUUGCGACUUAUCUUGGCGCGCUUGUUGUUUGUUCUGAAUAAUCCACCCGGUCUGAAAGGAAUGAUCUUUCG